ACGCAUGAGAGAGUGAGAGGAAGCUGUAAAACCUCCGAAGAGACAAACAGAGACUCAGUUAGAUGUUUCCAUUUAUUCACACCUGCUUCAAACUGACUAUCGGAUAAUUAACAUCUAACUGAACCGACAUUGCCGCGAUCACCUGGAUCAAACCGGAUGUCAUUGCUUAGGGCUGCGGGAAGAGACAGCCUAAAAGUGAUGGAGCCUCUGCUACCAACAGAGCCAGAGAUGAUGGAGAGAGCGCAGGACAGGGGCGCGCGGAAGAAGAUUCACUUUUCAGUGCCCUCCUCUUUGCCUCUGCAACUGGAUCCGCUGCAGGUGGAGAUGAUUCGACGCCGGAGGCCAACACCUGCCACUCUCUUCAAACUGUCAGACCCCCCAUCACCAGAGGAAGACAGCAGCUCACAUCAGUGGGUUCUGGGUGAAAAUGGAGCCAUGAAAGCCAAACUGGUUCAAAUGGCAACCUACCAGCCACCCUCACUCAAAGCUGUCCAGAUGAUGGCAGAGGCACACCUGAAAUCUCUCCAUAGGGAAGAGCCCUCUUCUGAAGACGAGCAACACAGGGAUGAUGAGAAGCAGCAGAUACCUUCAGUCAUAAAUUCAGGAGAGGAAAGCAAACCACUCUCAGAUCAUUGUGACCUGCUGGGAUGUUUAGCCACAAGAGCUGAUCUCUCCAAAGAUGCCACCAAAGAACUGGAGGAGGAAAAAAGCGAGAACGACAAAGAAAGACAGAACUGUUGA